CUGGUUGCGAAUCAAUCAAUAAUGUCCAGUCAAUGGGCUGCUGGUAGCGCAUGACAUGGAAAGACAUACUUAUGGUGCAAUAGUUGAUUGCGGACUGGGGUAAGAGUUUGCCCGGAAAUCGGAUCAAUCAACUUUAUUGCAAUACUUGCUAGUUUUUGGACUUUACUUCCCAAACCGCUCGAUUCCUUUCUGAGAUCAUGACAUCCAAGAAUCCUCAUUCUGUUGCAGAGCAAGGCUUCAGCACUGGUGCAGACGACUACGCCAAAGCGCGCCCGAGUUAUCCGGCCGCAGCGCUACAAUGCCUUCAGUCCGAGCUCAAGCUUAUUCCCGCUGAGACCAAGAUACUUGACUUAGCAGCUGGGACAGGAAAGUUCACUGAGCUUCUCGUCAAGGAUGGCUAUCAAGUUACAGCGGUCGAGCCGGUCGCAGAAAUGCGAGCAAAAAUCACUGAAACAUUGCCUACUGUGAAAGCAGUUGAAGGAACAUCAUGGAAUAUCCCCGUAGAAAGUGACUCUCAACACGUCGUAGUUAUUGCGCAAGCAUUUCACUGGUUCGACGAUAUCGAAACCUUGCGUGAGUGUCGACGGGUUCUCAAAUCCAAUGGCUACAUUGUGUUUAUAUGGAAUAUGGAGAGCCAAGAGCGUUGCCAAUGGAUUGCAAAGUUGAGACAAAUUUAUGAACAGCAUGAUGUAAAGGCUCCGCAAUACCGCAAAGGAGCAUGGAAGAAAGUGUUCAAUACCGAAGAGGCCGGUGAAUUAUUUCACCUGCCAUUGAACCAUCGCCAAUUCACAAAUGACUUCUUAAUAGCCAACAAGGAAGUUGUAUGGCAACGUGUCAAGAGCAAAAGUUAUGUUGCUGUGAUGCCACCUCAAGAGCAAGAGACAUUGCAACAGCAAGUAUACGCUAUCCUCGAUGAUCCAGAGAACGGCUUCAUCCCAAAUUCUGAUGGCGAGUACCUUUUCCUUCACGAGACGGAUAUUUACUGGGCUCAAAGCCAAUAAGAUAUAUAUAUAUAUAUCGAUCGUGGUUAUUGAUCAAGUAACCAGCACUUUUGAGAGGGCGAAUGAAGAAUAAUAAAAGUGACAAUUUUUAAUGAGUGAUGACG